UAAAUUAAUUACAUAGGUGUUGUAAGAUCGGUGUUUAUAUGGUUAGGGAAUAUCGGCGCAUCGAGCUAGUGGUCACGAGGUAUCGGAAAAUCGAUAGAAACCUGACUGACGCGGUGGUGGUGGUGAUGGUGGAGAAGGUCGUGGUGGUGGGUGUAAAAUAAAAUAAGACGAAUAAUAUUUAAGUACAAGUGGAGAUUUAAUUACCGCGAUAAUUUAAAAAUACGGAAUUAAAAUUUUUUUUAUGAUAAUUCAUAUCUGUGGACAAAAUUAAAAUUUUUACAAAAAAAUAUUUUUAUUUAGUGACGUUUUAGUGGUAAUAAAAUAACCAAGUAGUGCAGCAUUUGGUUUAUUCCCUUGGCAACGGUCGUCAAUUGAGGACUGAGUAAAAAAAGUUUAAGUAAAAGAAAAAAAAAAAAACAAAAAAAUUAGAAAGAGAAAAGUGCGCGGACGGGGUUGCUCCGUAAAAUUCAUAUAUAUAUGUCUGUAUUUAUAUGUAUGAAGGGGUAGUUUGUCGGUAGAAUUGUACGCGUACUGAGAAUGAGAAAAGACUUUGAAUAUAUAAAGAAAGAAGAAACAAUAGUAGGAAGAACACCUGGACCAGCCGCACGCGUCCCACGUUGUUUGUAGGGGUGCCUUUUAAGGGUGGAGGUGUGUGACGGUUCCGGAUGGUAGUGGUGGUGGCGACAGAAAUGGAGGAGGGCGGAGGGAAGUAGCAGCAGCAGCAGCAGCAGCAGGAAGACUGGCCAGUGAAAGAGGGGUUAAGGGCAACGAGAAAACAGAAAACGCCGGGCUCUGACUCUCACGUCAGCUCGGGUGUCGCAACAGCUUUAACUUAAACCUUAACAUUGUGUGCGUAUGUGUGUCUUGUUAUUGUUGUUGUAAAUUACCAUCGCCACUAUCGUCUGCUCCCCUUUGUACUCCCCGCCCCUGUCUCUCCUCUCUCUCUCUUUUUUAGUUUCAUUGUAUUAUACUUUGUGUGGGUCUGUGUGUGUGCUACGUCUGUAUACAUAUGGGUACAGUGUGUGUGUGAUACCCGAAACGUGUGGUAUUCACUCGUAUCGCGUGUGUCAUGGGCGCACGUUGGACACCGCUGCGGUGUCGGAUCUCUAUGCCGAUCCGACCUGAUACUAUCGCUCGCGCACUGAAUACCCGAGCAUCAUUUCACAGAGACAGUUUUACAAGUGACGAACAGUGUCGCUGUUGUUUUUUAGUUGAUAGAAACAUUGAGUAUUUUAUUGAUAACUGCGGAUAUUUAUUAACUGUGCGGGAAGUUUGUUGACAGUGGCGGGUGUGGGUGUUUAUUUAUUUGUCGGUAAUUUGUGAUUGAGUGAUUGGGAUAAAAUACUGUUUUAUAAUAAACAGAAGUCGCGUGGUGAUAGUGCUGGUGGUAGUGGUGGUGGUGGUUGUUGUUGUUACUAAAAGGGUUGAGGUAAAAAAGACCGCCGGGGGUUUGACGGUGGCGGCACGAUCUGAGGCUGCUGGUUGUGAUAACAGUGACAAGACGGCGCUGGUGACUAAAACCCGGGGUAAAAUAAAACGCGGGAUUUUAUUUUUAUAAAUAUUUGUAGUAAUAAGGUGGGGGUAGAGAGCGGUAGAGAAAAGGUUAACUAAAUGUACGUAAAUGGAAGGGAUAGGGGACAUUGCCGAUCAUCAUCGGUCGCAUAGCGAGCAAUUGCUGGACUCUGUAGACUCGCCGACUGGACUAUCGACUCACGGGCGUGGAGGCUCGAAUGGCAAUUGCGGUGGGAUUGGUGAUGGUGAGAGUGGAAGCAGCAGAAACAGGCAUCAUCAUCAUCAUCAUCCUCAUAAUCAUCACAGCCAACAUCAUCAUAGUCAACACCACCAGCAACAGCAGCAGCAGCAGCACAAUCACCACCACCACGAGGCGACUCGUGGCGGCGGCGGUGGUAACAAUACAAUUCGCGGUGGUGGGGGUGGCGAUACUGGCGGCGAGGGUAUGUCGUCCUCGGCAUCACAAAGUCCCGACAUCGGGUGCGCGAGCAUCCCGUUGGAAUUACUCGCGGCCGGCGCGCUCGGCGUCAAGGAGGAACGAGACCUCGCCGGCGCUGAGGAUUUGUCUUCGUCGCAGGAACCACCGGGUAGGGCGAGCGCGAGGGAGUCCCUGUCGGUGAUUGUGCCACCGCAGGACGUGGACUGUGAUUCACGUGACGCUGACUCGGAGUUAUUAAGUCCGGGUAAAUUAUCGCCAACCUCCGGUAUAAGUGUAUCUGUUGCAAGUAUGAUUGACGCGACGGAUUUUAGAUCAAUGCAACCAGAGCCGACAUAUCAAACACUAACGUCGGUUGCUGAGAGAAUGUCACCGCCAGGUUUUUCACCUGGUUCGUCCUACGCGACGUUGACGCCGCUUCAACCAUUGCCGCCUAUAUCGACAAUGAGUGAUAAAUUUGUGUACGGCGGACAUGCCGCGAGUGGUGUGUCGGGUAGUUUUGCUGUUAUGCAGAACAAUGGUCUUGGUAAUAUUGGUUUGGGUAUGGGAAGUUCGCCCUACACGUAUGACAAAUUGCCACCGAUGGGUAUGUCACCGCCGCACAAUUAUCCAUCACCAGGAGCUGGUCUGCAGCCAAGUCCACUCUCACCCCAAAGUGCUUACAGUCAAAGUGGUCUUAAUUCGCCUCAUAAAUCAGCAAGUCCACAUUACGAGCCGGCAUUUUUGCCGAGAUUACAGCAGAGUCCAGCGGCACUCAGUCCACCCUCACCUCCGGUAUCUGCGGCCACCAGUUUCGCACCCUCGCAUCAUUCACCUCCGACGCUUACGGUACCGGCAGCUUCACCGCCUCCGCUGCAGACCCAAUUGCAGCAACAACAGCAGCAGCAACAGCAACAACAGCAGCAGCAGCAAACGAUACAACAGACGAUAUCACACACUCAGCAUGUGCAGCACACGUCGGUUGUUAUGAAAACCGUAUCGUCGGCGGGCAACGGUGCUAGUGAAGUUGAAGAAAUCAACACUAAGGAACUCGCCCAGAGGAUCAGUGCCGAGUUAAAGAGAUACAGCAUACCCCAGGCUAUUUUUGCACAGAGGGUACUGUGUCGCAGCCAGGGCACACUCAGCGACCUUCUGCGUAACCCUAAGCCCUGGUCCAAACUCAAAAGCGGACGGGAAACGUUCCGAAGAAUGUGGAAGUGGUUGCAGGAACCAGAGUUUCAGAGAAUGUCUGCAUUACGGAUCGCAGCCCUGAGCAACUGCUCUGAGAGCGGAGGUGACCCGGAUGGAAUGCUGGAUAUCCACCACCCAGGAUCAGGAAUCGAGACUCAUCAUCAACAGUUUCACAACUCAUAUGCUGCACAGAUUCCACAACGAGGAACAUGCAAGAGGAAAGACGAGAUGUCGAGUCAGGCCGAACAUCAGCAGCCCGCACCCAAGAAACCGCGGUUGGUUUUCACAGACCUUCAGCGCCGUACUCUACAGGCUAUUUUUAAGGAAACAAAAAGGCCAUCAAAAGAAAUGCAAGUGACAAUCGCGCGGCAGUUGGGUCUCGAACCCACGACCGUCGGUAAUUUCUUUAUGAACGCAAGACGCCGAUCCAUGGACAAGUGGAAAGACGAAGAUCCAAAAAAUCCAGGAGUUGACGAAGAUCAAUUAUCACCGAGCCUCGGUUUAACUUCACGUCAAGCGAAUGACGUUUUGUGACAUACGUCCGACCACGAGGAAUAUCAUGACGAGUCACCAGAGGAGGAUUUACCCUUCUCGUAAAUAAAUUCCGUUGAAUUAUUUUAAUUAAUUUAUUAAUUAAAUAAAUAAAUAAAUAAAUAUUUUUCAACAUCUGUCCGUAAUAAGUAUAUACAAUAUUUUUUAUUUUUUACUAUAACUUGCAGUACCGUCAGUACGUCACUGCUGGUUUUAUAACAAAAAGAUAAUAUAUAUAUGUAACACGCGAUUACGAUCGAUAUCCGUACCUUGUAAGACACUUUAUGUGCUUACAUUUCUUUUUUUUUUUUUUUUUAUUUAUUAUUAUUAUCACAACAUACCGAGACUUUUAGUGUUUGUUUAUUAUUUAUUCAUGAAGUCUUUACGUGAUUAUUUCUUUUGUUCUUUUACUUUACUUAUAUAUAUAUAUAUAUAAGGCUUACUUUAAAUGUCUGACAUAAUCGUCACUGCUACUACUUAUAAUAUUAUUAUUAUUAUUAUGAUUAUUUUAUGUCUAGUAUUUCUCGGUGCCAUUAAUUGCCAUCAUAAGUUCAUAGUUGAUAAUUUAAUUAUUAAUUUAGUUUUUUUUUUACCAUUUUUUUCUAGUCGGUAAGACAUGGUCUAGUCAAUUUUUCUUUUUUUUUUUUUAUUAAUAAAAAUUGUUGCAAUUUUCCAAUUCCUUGAGUAUUUUUUAAAAUAAGAAUACAUGUGGAAGUGAUCGGGGCACUAUGGGGCAAUUGAACAAGACUUUUUUUUUUUUUUUAGUUCGGAUUUUUAAAAAAUAUUUUUGUACAAUGGGACCAAAAAUUUUAUGACACUGAAGUUAGUCGAGUACGAAUGUGGCUGACAAUUGUAAAUUUAAAAAAUUUUGAAAUACGUGAAUUUAAUGUAAACCAGAUGAAAUAAAAAAAAUACACAUAUAUAGAAUUUAAAAAUCGGUAUGUGUAUUUUUUUUAUUUUUAUAUUUUUAACUGUUUAAUUCGUUUAUUUGUAAAUCAAAAUUUGCCUCAUAUCUGGCACACUCAUAAGUCAGCUGACGUUUAAUAAUUUUUGGGUUUUUUUUUAAAUGGUAAAUUAUAAAAAAAAAUUAUUUGGAAAAAUUGCACCUAUAGUUUUUUUAAUUCUCUACAUGUGCAUUUUUUUAGUUUUUUUUUUUUGUCAUUUAUUUGCUGAAAAAAAAAAUCCAACAAUUUUUAACUGUCUGUUAACUUCAGGAUCAUAAAAUUUUUUAUCAAAUUUUAAUUGACGACAUAUUUUGUUACAUAUACAUAAAAAAUAUAUGAUAUAAAAAGAAAAAAACUAAUUUUUAAAUAUCCCGAGUAUUGAUGUAAUUAAAAAAUUUAUUACAAUUAAAAAAUCGGAUAAAAUUAUUUUUUAAUAAAAAACAAAAUUUCCAAAUAAAAAUUCUGACGGUCCCAUCUUGCCCCCACUUCUUUAUAUUCAUGCAUGAAAAAAAAAAACUAUUGUAUGAAUUGGAAAAUUGUUGUUGUUUAAUCGCAAUAAAUUAUUUUUUUUAUUAAAAUUAUAAAUUAUAAAAAAAACUCGAAAAUAUAAAUGUUGGGGUAAAAUUUAAGAAACAAAAUGUCCAAAUAUAUAUUUUAUUUUGUUAUACUAGUUACGGAGUAGAAUAAAAAUAAUUCAACGAAAUAUUAAAUAACAACUGACUCGUCUAUUUCUCGUUGGUCAGAGGAAUUAGUGAAAUAAAAAAAUAUAUAUAUAUAUAUAUAUACAUAUAUAAAUUUUUUAAAAUUAUAACACGUAAUUAUAUUGAUAUAUAGUUUAUCAAUAUCAACAUAUGAAUAUAUAUGUAUAAUGAACACGUGAAUAAAAAAAUUUAUAACACGAGUGCGUCGGUGAUUAAUAACUCGAGCCACCUAAUCAGCAAUUGUACUGUAACAAUACUGUGUUAUUGUUUUGUUGUACAUAGUAAAAAUAAAAAUAAAAAUAA